GGGAAACAAGUGGACAGAUCACACCAUGAGCUUUGUUGGAAAUGCGGCAGAACUUCGCCCAGUUGUUUUCUUGAUAAUCUGAAACAGUUUCUUUUGAAGGUAGACCAGCUGUUUUUGCUCUGACGGUCGGGCUUUUUUUUCUCGGCUGGGAAACACACACACACACACACAGAGACAGAGCUGGUUCGAAAUGUUUUCUGAUUAAUUAAUUGGAGCUCCAUCAUCGGAAGAAUCACAUACUGGUGAUAUCAGAAGCUGUUGCACCUUAAUGUGGAUACUAUGUUGAAGCUGUCAUUCUGUCUCCAGCAUUAAACUUUGUUCCUCCUGGGAUAAAGACGCACUGAGACGCAGCUGAUCCAAAGAGGUCAGACGCUUUCUGACCCAGAUCCCCGGGAGGAGGACAUGGAGGUCCUGCGGAGGUCUUCUGUGUUUGCUGCAGAGGUCCUGGAUGUGUUCGACCGAUCGUUGACUGAGAAGGAGCUGGUGUCCCAGUCCAAAGCCCUGUGCAGAGACUACAUCCUCUCCAGACUCAACCAGAACGGGCUGGGAUGGUCCAAAACCGAACUCAACCUCUCUCCCUCGAAUGCGGCGCUCGCUGAGGUGUCUCUGGUGCUUCUUUGUCUUGGCGACGAGCUGGAGUGUAUACAGCCCAGUUUGUACAGGAACGUGGCACGGCAGCUCAACAUCUCUGUUGCCAUGGAGAACAUGGUUUCAGAUGCCUUCAUCGGUGUGGCAACAGAAAUCUUUUCAACAGGUAUAACCUGGGGUAAGGUGGUAUCCAUGUACGCAGUAGCUGGAGCCCUGGCAGUGGACUGUGUCAGACAAGGACAUCCGACCACCGUUCACAUCUUAGUGGACAGUCUGGGACAGUUUGUCCGCAAGUUCCUGGUUCACUGGCUGAAGAGACGGGGAGGAUGGGUGGAGAUCACUAAAUGUGUGGUGAAGAGGGAUCUCACCCCUGAACACCACUGGCUGUCCUCUGUCAUCGAGUCGCUGAAGUAUUUCCUCACCACGGUCUACGUCUACAUCAUGAAGGAGCCAUGAACAGCCGAGACAGAGCACACAGCAGUCAUCGUGAUUGUUUGUUUGAUACAAGAUUGAAAUCUCAGACUUGUCAAUAACAGCUGGAGAGGAGAUGGUGACUGUGCUCAAUGGGGGAUUGAGCCUGCACGCAGAUCAGAUCAAUCUGUUGCUGAAGGGCAAUCGGAAAAUGUUUCGUCAGCAUCAUGUUUGUGUUAUCUCAGUGUCAGACGAGCCUGUAAGUGAUUACCCUUCAUCCAAAGAGUAGUCACCGUGACAUUUAAGAUCAUAAAUGCCAACAAGGAACAAGUUUGUCUCACGCAACCUCUUCUGUAUAUUUUCACUCUGCUUACACGCAGUGCAGUAAACCAGGCUUCUCCAGUGUUGUAACUGUCAUGUGUGAUGGUGUUCAGGGUGAACGUGAUCUGUGGGAGGCUGUUCGUGCUCCUGGGAUAUACAGUCUGAUGUUUUGAUGUGAUGUUCGUCUCAGAAUAUAUAUACCUACAGGAGGGAUGAAAAGGUGGAAGGCUUGUGAAUGAAUGUAAUGAUUAUUGAUGCUCAGCUGGCUGGGUCUUUUGAGUUUUCUGAAAUGUUGAGGUGUUUUCACACAGGAGAGCAAUAUCAGGUCGUAUCAGCUGCUUACACUUCAAGGGUUUAAUCUACACUAUUGUACUUCACCAAAACACAGAGUGUCUCUUUCCUAAUAUUAUCAAAAAUAUUGUGACCUGUACUAAAACUUUCUGCUGCAAUUUUAGACACGACUGAUCAAGAAACGUUGGGUCUCACUGUUGCCAUUUUUGUCCAAAGAACUUAAGUACACAGGAAUGGUACAUACUAAAUGGAUAUAUUUUGGUGGUAUUCAUUUCCUUUUUAAUCUGUAAAUAGUUUAUUUAUGAUUUUAUUUUUUUAUUUUGAGUAUGACCACUGCAGUAUAAAGAGAGCCGAUGCAACAGCUCUUUGGGACAGUUGCGUGGUAUGCCUGAUGCUUGUCACUUUCACAGUGUUAACUUAUAAAUGUGUGUCUGAACAUUUUUUUUUUAAAUCCACAAUAAACUUAAAUCUUCACACAUGAA